GACCCAGCCAAUUUAAUUAAACUGCAACUCAUCGAUCACUGCAUUUCCAACAGAGACUUACGCCAUUUAACAAAAGAAAAAAAAGGGCCACAGAAUGCAGAAGGUUUCUCUGCUGUUGUUAGCCUGUCUGGCCCUAGCUGUGGCCGAAAGCAAUCCUCGCCUGCUGCGGGUGCCGCUUCAAAAGUUUACGACCGCCCGGCGCCACUUUGCCGAUGUGGGAACCGAACUACAGCAAUUACGCAUCAGGUAUGGAGGAGGAGAUGUCCCCGAGCCGCUGUCCAACUACAUGGACGCCCAGUAUUACGGACCCAUCUCCAUUGGAUCGCCGCCGCAGAACUUCCGCGUUGUCUUCGAUACCGGCUCCUCCAACUUGUGGGUCCCCUCGAAGAAGUGCCACCUGACCAAUAUUGCCUGUCUAAUGCACAACAAGUACGACGCCUCAAAAUCCAAGUCUUAUGUGAAGAACGGCACUGAAUUCGCUAUUCAAUACGGAUCAGGUAGCCUCUCAGGAUAUUUGUCAACAGACACGGUUUCCAUUGGAGGACUCAACAUCAAGGAUCAGACUUUUGCUGAGGCUCUGAGUGAGCCUGGUCUCGUUUUCGUGGCUGCCAAGUUUGAUGGCAUCUUGGGCCUGGGUUAUAGCUCAAUUUCGGUAGACAAGGUGAAGCCUCCGUUCUACGCAAUGUACGAGCAGGGUCUGAUCUCUGCACCAAUCUUCUCAUUCUACCUUAAUCGCGAUCCCGCUGGUCCAGAGGGCGGUGAGAUUAUCUUCGGUGGCUCCGAUCCUAAGCACUACAGUGGCGACUUCACCUACUUGCCCGUUACCCGUAAAGCCUACUGGCAGAUUAAGAUGGACGCAGCUUCCAUAGGAGAGUUGGAGCUCUGCAAGGGUGGCUGCCAGGUGAUCGCCGAUACCGGCACUUCACUCAUUGCUGCUCCCAUGGCAGAGGCAACUUCCAUUAACCAAAAGAUCGGCGGCACGCCCAUCAUUGGUGGACAGUACGUGGUAUCCUGCGACCUUAUUCCUAACCUGCCGGUUAUCAAGUUUGUUUUGGGCGGAAAGACCUUUGAACUUGAGGGCAAGGACUACAUCCUUCGCGUGGCUCAGAUGGGCAAGACCAUCUGCCUGUCUGGUUUCAUGGGCAUGGACAUUCCGCCACCGAAUGGACCCCUCUGGAUCUUGGGCGAUGUCUUCAUCGGAAAAUACUAUACUGAGUUUGACAUGGGCAACGACCGAGUGGGUUUCGCUGAUGCCAAAUAAUCCAACAAAGAAUAUUAUUACUUAAAGUUUAAAUUGUAAAAUUCUCUGAUACUUUCUCCUAUUAGUCCACGAAAUAUAUAUGUUUAUGUAUCACCUA